GUUGACGAUAAUCAUAUUUAUUUAGAGUGCGAGAUGAAGUAUUUGGAAAAUUCCACGUUAGAGACGUUGUCGUCGAAUUUGAGUAUAGGAGCUAUCGACUGCAUAUUGGAUGUGAAGCUUGAGUCCUAUUCAUGUAAAAUGGUACAAAGUGACAAAAAGCAAUGGAAAGCAUAUGGAGGAUCGAAUGAGUCGAAUAAUGCCAACAGUAGACAGCCGCUCUCUCCACCUGACGACUUUUUAUGCAUAUCGCCGUCACCGAUUGGGCACUCUGCCAGAAUGCGUCAUCUUUCCGAGGCACACUCCGGUUCCGAAACUGAUGCUGAUGAUUUUGUUUUGCUGGACUCCAUAUCGAAGCGGACGCUUUUCGAUCUCAUCGGUGCUUUGAAUAUAGCCUAUCCUGACUACGAUUUUAGUGAUGUGAAGAGCAGUUGCUUCUCGUUGAUACCUGGUAUUGAGGUUGUCAUGGAAGCGGUGGACAGCAAGUUCUUUGCAACGGUGAACAAUUACACAAGAAUACGCGAGGAAUUAUGGCAUGCAAUUGAGGAUGAAAUUGAGCCGAAGGAUUGUCGGAUAUACAGCUUCAAGCCCAAUUACAAGGACGACCCGUUUUCGGAAGAUGGAUGUCUUUGGUGUCUCAACUUCUUUUUCCACAACAAAGGUCUCAAACGAUUGAUGUUGCUCUCAUGUCGAGCGCUAUCUCAAAAUGGAGCUGUUCCCGGCGUCAUCAAUGUUAUGAUUCCUACUGACCGCAAAGAUCGAAGACCAGAAUCAAUAUCAGACGACGUUGCAGACCUACAUCUAGCAAAACGUCCACGACACUCAGAAGAAUUCGAAGCUGUCAUGAAUUACGAUGGAUUAGCCGAGCAGAUGUCGGAAGGUGUCACCACUGGUGACUGUGGUUAUCGUUACCUUGAACAUCCAGCCGAUGUCCAAGUGCACGCGUGGGGUCCGGAUUUUGCGAAAGCACUGGCACAAGCUGUUACCGCCAUAUAUGGCUAUAUGACGGAGUUGGACAGAGUUGAAGAGCAGUUCACUAUGUACUACACAGCUCAAGCUAACGAUCUGUAUGGUCUGGUACAUGCUGUCAUGGAAGAGGCGCUGUGUGGAUUCCAGUCCGAGCCGUUCUUUGUUGGGCGGAGAGUGGUCAUGGACAAAUUGGACUUGAAAAAUUUCACAGCUGAAUUUCAAAUGUGAAAGCUAUAACUUAUUCGAACAUGCAGGUACAUCAAACUGCUGAGCGAUGUGAUAUUUAUGUGAUUCUUGACAUCUAAACUUCGGUGUUCUUUCAUUCUCUAUUUUGUACACUGUUAUAUUCCCUGAUUUUUCAUGGCCUUAUCGUUAGCAGUCACGCCCAGAUGAUUGCUUUUACCUUUCGAACAUGAUUUCUAUCUCUAUAGAUGAGACAGCGCAUGCAGAGAUAGUCGCAGUUGCGUCUGAUUAGGAGAG